AUGUCUUCUGGGCAGUGCUGCAGAGAGAGCCUCGGCCAUGCCGUGCAUCAGAGUGUGGAACAACACAUGGCGGAAACACUACGGCUAAUUAGGCUCAUCUCCACCACUACGGUCGGAGCAGCGGCCUGCAGCCCAGAAGCUCAAUCGCCCCACCGGAUAGAUUUAACUCCAUGGGAUCUCCAGCUUCUUCGGCUCGGCCCCAUCCAGAAGGGCCUUCUCUUUCUCAAACCACCAACUCCAUCCUCACAACACCAACACUUUUCUGUUGUUCAGCAUCUCAAGCUCUCUCUCUCUCGCACCCUCGAUUUCUUCCCUAUCCUCGCCGGCCGCCUCGGCGUCUCCCACAACGCCGACGGCACCUCCUCCUUCUUCGUCGACUGCAACAACGCCGGCACCGACUUCGUUCACGCGGUCGCCGAUAACGUGACAGUCGCCGAUAUCCUUGAGCCCGUGUUCGUGCCUCGGAUUGUCCACUCUUUCUUCCCUCUCAAUGGUAUCCAAAAUAUCCAUGGCGUUUCCGAUCCCUUGCUGGCCGUUCAAGUAACCGAGCUCGUCGACGGCUUCUUCAUCGGAUGCACGAUGAAUCACUCAAUCGCCGACGGCUCGUCGUUCUGGCAUUUCUUCAAUUCCUGGUCGGAAAUAUCGCGUGGCCCGCUCUCCAUGUCGCGGUCUCCAGUCUUCGACCGGUGGUUUCCUGGCGAUGUCAAGCCUCCCAUUUCCGUCCCUUUCCUCUCCGAUCAAAUUCAAGACGAGUUCAUUCUACCGCCGUUGGAAGAACGGGUCUUCCACUUUCCGAAAGAGAAAAUUGCUGAGCUCAAAGGCAAAGCCAAGGCCGAGAUGCGAAUGACCACCAUCUCCUCUCUGCAGUCUCUGCUGGCUCACGUAUGGCGAUCAGUGUCGCGCUGCAACCGCGUUGACGGAGAGACAAGGCUCAUACUGGGGAUAGGUUUAAGGUCGAGACUGCAACCACCGCUGCCGGAGGGUUACUUUGGGAACGCCGUUUUCUACAGAGGAGUGUCCACCACGGCGCAAGAGCUCGUAGAUAAAGGACUAGGCUGGGCAGCAUGGCAAAUUAACGAAAUGAUUUCAUCGCAUACGAGUGAACGAGUGGUGGAGUUGUUCGAGAGCUGGGUGAAGGAUCCGAAUUUUUGGGGGUCAAUGAAGUGGACGACUGAGACUCUGGUAACGAGCAGUUCCCCACGGUUCAAUGUGUACGGCAAUGACUUCGGCUGGGGGAAGCCGGUGGCGGUGAGGAGUGGGCCAGGGAACAAGAAGUCCGGGAAGUUGACGAUAUUUUCGGGCCGAGAAGAAGGGAGUGUUGACAUUGAAUUUUGCAUGUCGCCGGAGAAGUUGCAGGCUCUGGGGGCCGAUGAGGAGUUCAUCGGAGCUGUAACCAUAUGAUGUUGAUGCAUCUUCUAUUAAAUCUCAAGCCAAGUUCUUCUUCUCCUUCACCAAUUUGCUACCUCCGCUUCAUCUUUACUACUGGUGCUUCUUCAGCAUCGAUUUACUAUCGUUGUUUCUUCUUCACCAACUCCUCCUUGUUGCCUCAUCUUCUUCUACAACCUCCCAUUACAGAUUCAGAGGGUGUUUGGCUUUACCCUUUUUAAGGUGGCUUUUAACCCUUUCUAAUUAA